AAGUUAAUAUGAAGGCAAUCCUUCCCUUUCAGAAGCUGCAGUAAUGAGUAUCUGCAUUUAUAUUGUUCUUUUGUUUGAAUGGUUCCUGCCAAAGCAAGUACUUCUGUUCAAAAGCCACUUCUUACUAUCAGAUGUUAACCAGUAUCAAACACAGAGAGGCCUCAAAAUACCCCAAUCUCACUUCAAACACCACUGACUUGCAAUCUGCCCGCAUCUUAUCUGAAAGUGUCAGAGCAAAUUCAGCCCUUGUCAGACCUGUACUUCUUUGUCCAUGAUAGUUCACAGACCAGAUAUAUAUUUUGAUUGGAACCUUACCCUGUCUUGUGUAUUCACAGCACCUAGACCAGACGUCCCAACCCUUUUCACUGGUGAGCAGCAUUCAGUGCAAGUGGUACUAGGGAAGAGACUGUUCCCUUCCAUCGUAAAGAUGAAACACCAAUCUAGCCUCCUUUCUCUGUGCGUUCUUCUGUGUGUUGGCAUCAUUGGGAGCAACAAGGUCACGCCCCGGCUGAAAUUGUCAUUUCAGGAUUUAAAGUCUCUGCACGGACUCAGGACAUUCGCGCAAGAGCGCUCUUGCUGUUAUGACGUUCUCUUCUUGGAUGAGGAACGCAGCCGUCUCUUUGUGGGGGGGAAAAACUACUUGAUGUCUCUCAGCCUGGAUAACAUCAGCAAGCAGGAACUGGCAAUUCACUGGCCGGCACCGGUGGAGUGGAGAGAGGAGUGUAACUGGGCUGGAAAGGAUAUCAAUACAGACUGUUUGAACUAUGUGAAGAUCCUGCAACCGUAUAACCGGACUCAUCUCUUCACCUGUGGGACCGGAGCUUUCCAUCCAACUUGUGGAUAUGUCCAUGUUGGGCAACGAACAGAUGACACAUUAUUUAGAAUGGAUCUGAGAAGGAUGGAGGAUGGAAAGGGGCGCUGUCCGUAUGACCCCAAACAUACAGCAGCUUCCAUACUAGUAGGAGAUGAACUAUACUCUGGCGUUGCGACGGACCUUAUGGGUCGGGAUUUCACCAUAUUUCGCAGCCUGGGUAGGCGUCCUCCCUUGCGCACAGAGCAGCAUGAUUCCCGUUGGCUAAAUGAACCCAAGUUUGUGAAAGUUUUUUGGAUUCCAGAGAGUGAAAAUCCAGAUGACGACAAGAUCUACUUCUUCUUCAAGGAGACGCCAGUGGAGGGAGCUGGUGGAGUGAAGCAAUCGUAUGCUCGCAUUGGGCAAAUUUGCAGGAAUGACUUGGGAGGUCAGCGGAGCCUGGUGAACAAGUGGACAACUUUCCUGAAGGCCCGUCUUGUGUGUAGCGUACCUGGGAAUGAAAUAGGAGGGGAUACACAUUUUGAUGAACUCCGUGAUGUCUUUCUUUUACAAACCCGGGACAGAAGAAACCCACUAAUUUAUGCGUUGUUUUCCACAUCCAGCUCUGUCUUCCGUGGCUCUGCCAUAUGUGUCUACACCAUGAAUGAUGUGCGUAGAGCUUUCCUGGGACCCUUUGCUCAUAAGGAAGGACCUAACUAUCAGUGGGUCUCAUACCAGGGCAGGGUGCCAUAUCCUCGUCCUGGGAUGUGUCCCAGUAAGACAUUUGGAAGCUUUGAGUCCACAAAGAGUUUUCCAGAUGAUGUCCUUCAGUUUGCUCGGAACCACCCACUCAUGUUCAACCCUGUAGUGCCUGGAUCAGGCAGGCCCAUCUUUUUGCGCAGUCAUGGAGAUCUCAUUUUCACUAAGCUCGUUGUGGACAGAGUUGUUGCUGCAGAUGGAGAGUAUGACGUCAUGUUUAUUGGAACAGAUGUUGGUUCAGUUUUGAAAGUGAUAUCAGUGCCCAAGCAAAGCUGGAAUCACAUGGAACAGGUUGUACUGGAGGAGCUACAGGUCUUCAAGAAUGCAUCUCCUAUAACAGCCAUGCAGAUCUCCUCCAAGAGGCAACAGCUAUAUGUAGGAUCUGCGAGUGGGAUCUCCCAGCUGCCCCUGCACCGCUGUGGGAUCUAUGGCAAGGCAUGUGCAGAAUGUUGCUUGGCCAGGGAUCCCUAUUGUGCUUGGGAUGGUGCCAGCUGUACACGUUACCUGCCCAACACUAAGAGGCGAUCUCGUCGCCAAGAUGUGCGGAAUGGAGACCCCAAUACCCUAUGUUCAGGAGAGCAGCAGAGAUUCAGUGUGCAGGAGAAACGUCUGUUUGGGGUGGAAGGGAGCAGCAUAUUCCUUGAGUGUCUUCCCAAAUCUCUGCGUGCUCAAGUCACUUGGACAUAUCAGAAGGUACCAGACUCUUCAAGAACAGAGGUUCAGUUUGAUGAGCGUGUGCUGCAGACAGACCGUGGUAUUGUGGUACUCAAUGUAUUGCGCCGUGAUGCAGGCACCUUCAUAUGUUACUCCUCAGAACAUGGAUUUACACAGACCCUUCUCCGUCUUCACUUAGAGGUUAUCCCUUCCUCUAGGACCGAGGAAUAUUUAGGGCACCAGCGUGUUCCCCACAAUCGAUGGUACCAAGAUUUCAUGAAGCUUGUACAGCAGCCAGGCUCUGUAGAGCAAAUGUGUGAGGAGAUAUGGACCCGAAAGGGCCGAACCUCACACCCACCUGGACCCCAGGGGGCCCCUCAUGUUCCAGUUUCCCAAGGACGAAGCCUCCCAGCUGUGCCACCCCUUAAUAUUAAAACCAAAGCUCAAAAGUGGAAGCACUUAGAAGAUAAGAGGAAGGUGCGGAGCCGCCGGACGCAUGAGCAGCUCUCCAGGGCUGAACGUGGUCCCCGAAGUGCCCCAAGCUAGGCUCUAAAGGAGAAAUAGACCUUCUGUGUGGUAAAGAGAGGGAGAGGGUUUUAAAUGACUGACAUUUGAGAGGUACUGAUGGACCCACUUAUUUAAAGUCUAUUGGAGAAUUAGUGAACAGAACAAAGUGUUUGCAGAGUAUUGUUCUCUCAACCUCUGCCAAAGAUACCUAUGGACAGUGACCUUCUUUUUCACUUACCACUUAGGAUGACAGCUAAUCAGCAGAAAAGUGUAAAGCCUCUCUGCCUCGCACAAUAUUCUGAACUCCUUUUUAUAUUUAUACAUGCCCCAGUCUUAAAGGGGUAACACUCCUUUUUUUUCCAUACAGCACACAGGGUAUAAAGGGCAGGUGUUGCCAGGCUCUCCCUGCUUCUCUAUGGAUUUCAGCUCUGGCAUUAGUAAGUGUUAAUGGUAUGUGAAAAGCUGGGGAUUUCCUUCAUACAGAUUAAUACCCGGAACCUGAUUAAAAAAGCACAAAAUGCAGAAUGUACAAUAGCAAAUAGCAACAUCCAAAUAACUUCAGCCCUGUUACAUCCCUGCCAGCAUUAUUCGUGUGUUCUGUGCACAUUCUUUCCUAGUGUACAUUUUCAGUUUAAAAGGCUUGAAAAUAACGAAGCUACCUAGUAAAGCAUUACCAUUCGAUAGCAUUUAACUGGAGUGCAGCUUGGUUGUCAAGGAGUUCAUGGAUGGGAAUAUGCCUGGCAACACUUCAAGACUGAAAUAGUAUUAAGAACUUUGCAUAUAGGAAAAAAUGUGCUUAAAACUCAUGGAAAACCUUAACAGAGAUGUGUCAAUAUUAUCUUAAGAUGGGGAUCCCCAACCUUUUUUUACCCAUGAGCCACAUUCAAAUGUUACAAAACAUUGGAGAGCAACACAAGUAUGUUAAAAGUU